UCCUUGUACUGGCCUUAUCUCUCCCUCCAGAAAGAUCAAUUAUCAAACUGGCAGGUAUAUCUAAAGAAUAAACACAUAGCAACGAUAGGGAAGUACUCGGUUUUCUUGAUCGUGUUAGAAGGAACAGUGGCUUCAAAAAGUCAGCAAUUGAAAUUAUAUCGACAAGAAUAUAUCUAUAAACUUCAACUUUUUCAAAUUCCUCGAGAGCAAUCGUUGCAACGAUCAUCAUGGCGAGUGCUCAGCAGGAUAAACCUGCUGUUGUCUGUGUAUUCUGCGGAUCCGUCGAGGGAAACAACCCCGCACACAUGGAAACCGCCCGCGCGCUCGCCCGCGAAUUCCAUAAGAACAACAUCCAUCUCGUCUACGGCGGUGGCACCUCCGGCCUGAUGGGCGAGGUGGCGCGCACCCUGGUUUCGUUGUCCGGCCCGCAGGCGGUGCACGGUGUGAUCCCGCGCGCCCUGGUGCGCAUCGAGAAAGGCUACGACCAUGCAAAGGAACGGCAGGAUCCCUCGCUGCCGCAGAAGGAGACGGGGGCGGCGACAGGCGCCGGAAAGGCCGCAGAGCGUGUGUUGCCGGACCCGAUGGAUUCGUCCUCGAUGCUCGAGGAGUCGAUGUACGGCACCACCACGAUCGUGCCGGACAUGCACACACGGAAGCGUCUGAUGGCUGCGAAAGUGCUGGAGGGGGGACCGGGCUCCGGCUUCGUCACGCUGGCAGGUGGAUUCGGCACCAUCGAGGAGGUGAUGGAAAUGACGACGUGGAACCAGCUGGGCAUUCACAAGGCGGGAAUCGUCCUUUUGAACGUGAAUGGGUACUGGGAUGGCGUGUUGGCCUGGGUCCAGAACGCUGUCAAGGAGGGCUACAUCAGCAAGGAGAACGCCGGGAUUAUCGCCGAAGCCAAGGAUGUGUCAGAGGUAGUGCCUACAUUACAGGGAUAUACGGUUAGCAAUGGGCGAAUGAAGCUAAACUGGGGGGAGGAAUAGAGGGAUGAGAUAAAGGCGGCGUUGGUUCCGAAGGCUCUACCCUGUCUGUAUACCAGGGGAUAAAAAAUUUGAAUCUCUAACUAAAUCGGUAUGAUAUUGGAUAGAAAGAAUACUUUGAU